UCCCCCCCACCCGCCCCCCAGCCAUCCUGCUGGCCUCCCGGGAGCUGGUCCGCAGCAGGCGUCUGAAGCAGAUGCUGGAGAUCGUCCUGGCCAUCGGGAACUUCAUGAACAAGGGGCAGCGUGGGGGCGCCUACGGGUUCCGGGUGGCCAGCCUCAACAAGAUCGCCGACACCAAGUCCAGCAUCGACAGGAACAUCUCUCUGCUCCAUUACCUGAUCAUGAUCCUGGAGAAGCACUUCCCCGACAUCCUGAACAUGCCCUCGGAACUGCAGCAUCUUCCAGAAGCCGCCAAAGUCAACCUGGCAGAGCUGGAGAAGGAGAUAGGCAACCUCAGGAAGGGCCUCAGAGCGGUCGAGGUGGAGCUGGAAUAUCAGAAACGCCAGGCGCGGGAACCAAAUGACAAGUUCGUCCCCGUCAUGAGCGACUUCAUCACGGUGUCCAGCUUUAGCUUCUCAGAGCUGGAGGACCAGCUCAGUGAGGCCCGGGACAAGUUCUCCAAGGCCCUGGUGCACUUUGGGGAGCAGGACAGCAAGAUGCAGCCAGACGAAUUCUUUGGCAUCUUCGACACCUUCCUGCAGGCCUUCGCAGAGGCCCGGCAGGACCUGGAGGCCAUGAGGAGGAAGAAGGAGGAGGAGGAGCGGCGGGCGCGCAUGGAAGCCAUGCUGAAGGAGCAGCGGGAGCGGGAGCGGUGGCAGCGGCAGCGGAAGGUCCACGCGGGCAACGCGCUGGAGGAGGGCGGCGAGUUCGACGACCUGGUGUCAGCCCUGCGCUCUGGGGAGGUCUUUGACAAGGACUUGUGCAAGCUCAAGCGCAGCCGCAAGCGAUCAGGGAACCUGGCCCUGGAAGUCACCCGGGAGCGGGCAACCAACAGGCUAAACUGUUGACUUGGGCACUGGCCGCACAGGAGGCCAGGAGACAGGGAUGGUCAGGGGCUGAGUGGAGGAGGCGGGAUACUUAACCACAUGGUGCUCGGCUUAGAGCCCUGGGCUGGGUCCUGGGGUGCGGCUGUGUGAGGCAGGACCAGGCGUCUCCCACAUGUACCUGAGGGGCUCCUCCCUCUCCUCUUCCCAUUACUCGUCCUGCUUCCGGGCCCCAGGAUCACCCUCCGAGGCCCACUGGGACGUCCCUGGCAGGCUCGGCACCCACAUGUUGGCACAGAGCUGCCCAGAUCCAGCCUGGACAGGUCCCUGGCUCUUGCUCAGCUAUCAUGUGCGGUGGGCAGUACCUGGGGGGUGGGCACCCCGAGAGCCAGGUGAGAGAUCCAGGCUCCCAGCCCUCAAGAGGCGGCUAAUGGGGCAUAGACCUGGGAGCCCACUGCCCUCUUGAUGGAGAAGGAAGAGGCACUAUGUAUCCUGGAUAUGCUCUAGGAAAGAUGCUGAGGGUACCACAGGGACCAAGUCGUCAGGACACAGAGUAGCAGAGCCUGUUUCCUCCAUCACCACUCACUCCAGCCUCUCGCAUGUCUAAGCCUCCCCCUUCCUUCCCACUGCCACCUCCAUCCUGUCUACUGACCC